AUGGGCUUCGCCAAACCUACUGUUGCGAAUCAUAAGUUAAGGCAUGAGCAGGCGCCGGCGCGGACGCUGGGGGAGUCGCUGGCACACGAACCCCGUCACAAAAUCUGGAUGGUGGCCGUCUUCCUGCAGAUCGUGUGGCCUGCCGUCAUCACGGCUUGUCUAUACGGCCUCGUAUCGCUACAGGGGCUGGGCUUUCGCUCCUUCUUCCGCGGCGCGCCGUGGCGGUUGCCUCUGGCGCUCUCGUACGGCUUCUACUGGUCGCUGCUCUACCUCAUCAGGUUCUACGCGGAGCUGUUCCUGCCGCGCACGCCGGAAGCAGUCGCCGACAAGCUCGUCAACGUAGGAAGCGGCGUCGGCGUAUGCAUCAGUGUCAUUGUGAUCCCCGUGCUGGCGUGCGGCGUCAAGGACGGCCGCGUGCUGGCCGGGUGCACCGCCUUGGUGGGUGUGAUCAUUGUCGGCCUCGCCGCGUUUUGGGUGUGGCUUGCUCGCACAUACGGCGGAGAUGGCGACUUGUCGGAGGGGUCUACUACGCUGCCACCAGCAGAAGCACUAGAAGAAGGGCUGCAGCAUCCUGUUCCACCACGCCUACCUGUAUAG